AUGUCUGAAGAUUCACCACCACUGACCGGACAACGGCCAAUCGUGCUUCUAGAUCCGUUCGGCCACCGGGGCAUGUGGGUUUAUAAUUUUGGGAUAGGUCAAAACCCAUGGAACGAGCUUAAAAUAACCAUCACCGCUCUCGCGUUCGAAUAUCUGCUAAUCACGGCGGUCCAAAUUACAGCCGUUUUCAGCGCCAACCAGCGCCAACAUCUCGACGUCGUGUGCUUCUUUCUCGAUAAUACGUACACCCGUUACUUUGUACACCGCAAAUUUUCACCCGAGAUCAGCUGGACUUAA